AUGCAGACGUUGAAAGCGAUACGUCCACUAUGCCCUAUCCUCUCCGGGAACGCCUCCUGGCUUGGGGUAGCGCGCUGUCUCAACAGGUCUUCCUCAUCCACAGCAAAUGUCCUGCAUGGUGUCUACAAAGUUCCACCUCCGGAGGACCAGCACAUCCCCAAUACUCCACUGCCGUCAGAGAUCCCUGAAGCUGGCCGUCCCCUCGAUCUGAAUGAAGGUACCGCAGGCGUGCACUUCUAUCGCAGCAGAGGUAAACCACUUGCCCCUCUCCCUCCAGGCACCGAACCAGCGUCUGUCCAGAGCAGUUACGAAUUCCUCCCGGAAGUCCCUCGCAUCCCGCUCGGCAAGACCAUGCACAUCAACCACAGCGACAUCGACACAUACUUCCGCCCUCUCAUCCAGUGCCAUUGGCACGUAGGUCGUGUCAGGGCGGCCGCCCGAGACGUCGAAAUAUUGACUCUCGACAAACUCUUUCGGUUCAAAAACUUCGAGACGACGCUCAAAUUCUUCAAUGAAUUAGCUGAGAUUUCACUGAAUGAGAACCAUCAUGCCCAUUAUGCUUGUGAUUAUGCGCGGAUCUACGUCAGUAUUUACACCCGUGCUGCAUACUGUAACACGCCAGCAGAGUCCGGGCAGUGGAUCUCUGAACUGAAUUCCCGGUCUUACGUUGCGAGAUGUCCGCUUCGCGAUCAGGGCUGA